UGACCCAAAUGGAUCCUGGCCGCCAGUCAGUCCCGCUCCGGGCUUCCUCGCGGCAGUAUUGGCCGCGUUCUCCGUCACGUUCGGACUCGAUUACUUAUUGUCAGUACUCCUUUUAUACGCGACCGGAACGCACAAGUGUCUAAAAAUCUUUUAUAAAUAUUGUGACAUUUUACUUUUUUUUUCUUCCGUCACGAUCGUAAUAAAUUUUGUGAAUUAGUGAUUAUUUCAAAAAGCCAACAGUGUUUUUGAUUAUUAAUUUAGUUCCACGGUUAAAAAAUCGAAUUUGAAUCUUGAACCGGAAAAAAAAAGAAAUUUUUCGUGACCGAUGUGCCGUGCGUGCUAAAACGGUGCUCCCGUUCGCCGAACCCAAGUGAGGACACUUUGGGUUUACGGCCUCUACAGCUGCUGCUCAUCAAAGCCGAAGACGCGGGUCGAUCUGAAAAUACGUAGCGAAUGAAAACGGAGGAGUAGCGUUUCGUGCAUAAUGUAAAGAGAAUCCGGAUACCUCGAAGCGAGAACAUCGGAAGUAUCAGGACAUCCCGCAUCUCACAGGUUCAUCCUAGCGAUGCGACAUUCCACGUUGGUCGCGCGUAAUCAUUGACAAUCGGCAAGAUGCGAAGCGAGGUGGGCGAAUGGCUAGCCACGUGCGUAGGUUCACCGAUAUGCAUUCUGCUGUUGUCAUGGUCUCUAUUGAUCUACCAGAAUCAAUCAUCAUCCGCGAAAAGAAGAAUCGACGUGUUGACAGUCGCGAUCCUCUCUCAAAGUCUCGCGCAUCAAUUAGGAUUGCUGCUGUAUGCGAUUCUCACCUUAAUUCGUCCAGCAAAUCACUUUGGAGAAUUAUGCUCGACAUUGGUAUGGGUGCUAAACUCGUCGAGCAUCCUCCAGGAGUUAACUCUGACGUCGAUCGCCGUGUUCGCGGCAAUCAGCAGCCGCGACAACGCUAUCAAUCUCACCAAGAAUCAUCUCAAGUACCAUCUCGUCAGCCUGAGCGUCAUCAGCGCCUGUAUCGGCGUCACCGGUGUCCUCAACUUCGAGCCGGAAAUUUGUGUCUUUCUAGCCCACGAGAUUUCCUAUAAAUAUGGGAUCUUUGUCAAUUCGUUGAGGGGUCUGCUGGCCCUCACGUCUCUCCUCGCCGUGCUAAUCGCGCUCUUCAGGAACGUCUGCCGAUCGCCAACCUCCGAACUGCUCAAAUCGGUUUCGGACCUGUCGGAGGCGAGCUCGAAGAACUCUUCGGGCGCGUUUGACUGUCAUCCGCAGCACUGGGAUCCCUCGAGCGGAUCGUGCACCAGUGGCUCCACCAACAGCAGGGCAUGCUUAAGGAAGAAGAGGGUGCAGGUAGACGAGGCGAGCGGCAGAUCCACCGUCUACAGCAUACUUUUUGUCUGCUACAUCUUCGAGCACUUACCCAUCCUGAUUAUCUCCAUCAGACCGAACCUCCUGAAGAACUUUUGCACGCCCCAGAAUCUGGCGACGUGGCUCCCGUUGAUGAAGGACACCCUGCUUCCAGUUUUCCUGGCUCUCUUCGACAAGAUGUUCUGUCGAUACGUGGCCAAGGUGUACACGAAGCAGGAUCACGUGAGAAGGCUAUCGCACGGCGGUAUAGACGGUAAAUUUCGACACUUCGAGCAGGACACCGAGUAUAAGCUACAAUUGAACCUGAAUCACGGGCUAAAGUUCCCCCUGACCAACGGAAGCCUCUACGGACGGUUGCACAGCCAUCAGAACAGAGGGAAAACCGGCACGAUCAACAUGGGAAUUCAGCAGCAUUAUCCCAGGACGCAACCCGUGAACGAGGACGGCAACUACGCAUCCCUGCCGGCGGAAUUGUCGUCUUUGACGAGUUCGACCUUCGAGCCGCGUCAGGAUAAGAUUCCCGAGCCGUCGUCGAAGAGAAACCCGACGGAAUCGCAGCAGCAGCAGUAUAAUAGCAGACGACCGAGACCAAAUGAGAGUCUGCACGAGCUCGCUGGUAAUCGUAGAAAGAUCGGCAGCACCGAUGUUUUUGGGCAGAACAUGGAGAACCUGGUGCAGCUCGAGGACCCCGCGAGCAAUUGGAAGCACCAGGUCACCAAGAACGAAAUUCGCGAGGAAUCGUUCAGGCGGCACGCGAGGAGCGUCCUGGGCCUCGAGAGUCUGAUCGCCGGACUGGAGAGCGGUUUGCAGGAUCAGCAUUAUCCUAGAAACCUUCUACGCAGAAAUCAAAGCUUCGACCACGCCAGAUAUCACCGAUCUAUGCUCGACACGAGGACCUACAAUUUAAAGAAGGGCGAUCACGCGAAAGAGGGUCUUCAACAGAAUCUUCAUCAGAAUCUCCUUCAGAGACGAGAUAGUCAGGGACAUUGCGAUGGAUACGACAGCUCCGACGACGAGAGUUGUGAUCUAGAGAACGGUGACUUUGACACUAUGAGUUCUUGCAGAAGCAGGAGCAGGAGCUGUUGUUCCGUCACCACAGUCGCCAAUGAUGAUUUCGAAUAUUUCCAACGUAAGGGAACCAAGGUGGAGCUACUGCCCUCGAAGCGUACCGGCGGGGAGGUAAAGGUCAACAUGCGAUCUUUCACGCCGCGUAUCAUAGAGAACGGCGCGGAGGAUCGCGAGGAAUGCAAGAAGCGCGGUGGCAACGCGAGACUGGCCGACACAAAACCCAGCAUACAGUCCUAUCAGCUGAAAGCUAAAAAGAUCGGGCUCGGUUACUCGAUGAACGACCUGGAUAAACUGACCGCCACCAAGAAGCUGCCGAAUCUCUCGAUGGAGAGCCUGAAGAGUAUCCUGAAGAACUCGGACGUGAGCUAUCUCGACAACGGCGAUAUAUGCAAACACGACAUCGGCGGCUCGGCGCCCGACUUCAAGAAGAUUUUUGUCACCGAAUUCAUAUGAGAUCUAUAUACAACGCAAUAUGUUUAGAAAGACUGUAUCGUUUGUCCUUGUGAUAUAGCAGCGACAUGUUCGUAAAUCAUCGAAAUUUCUUUCACUGCGAGCGGUAAGCGUUAUCACCCUUAUCCAGAGCAAAGAGUACUUUCGUUGUGUGUGCGUAUGCGCGAUUUUAAAAAUGUCACAAUAUAAUAGAAUUCUAAAGAAUUGAAUUCAAAUAUUUAGAUUCAUAUGACAAUCAUUAAUUUAUUAAUAUAAUAGAAAAAAUAAUCGAUAUAUAAAUAUUAAGGGCCCGGUCUAUUUUAGAGAGUCAAAAAAAAAGAUCGAUUUUUUUUUUUACAUUUUCUGAAAGAAUGAUGUCUGAAGAAUAUAUCUUUCAAAUUUUAUUGAAAAAUUCGCAAAACGGAAUUUUAAGAAUAGGAUAGCGCGCGGGUCUUCAAAUGGGCCUGCAAAACUUUAAAAACGUUUUUCUCGAAACACAGAACUGAGGAGAAUAACUUCAUUUUUUUUUUUUAAAUAAAACAGAACACUUUUUUGGGGGAUACUGAACCUAACCAGAAUUUUAAAAAUUAAUCAUUAUUAUUUUUCUAACAUUUAAAAAAUGAAUAAAUUUCAGCAAAAUUAAAGUAUCUAAUUUUAAAAUGACACUACUUUAUUACUUUUUAACUUUUUCUAAUGAAAUCAGAUUUAGUAUUCCAAAAAUAUCUUAGAGAAUAAAACUCGACCGAGUUUUUCAUUUAAGACAAUUACACGAGGGGCAGCAUGUCACCAUGCAUUGACAAAAAAAAAAUCUAAAUAUCCAAGAUUUAAAAAUACUGACGUGUUGUUUAAACAUCAAUCAAUAAAAACAUAUGUAAAACGCCGAAAAGAUCGAUUUCUGAUAUUUUUAAAAAGAUAUUCUUAAAAAUUAUCAAUUUUUCAUACUGUUAGAGUAGACUGGUCCCUUAAUGUAAUAGAAGAAAAUGAUUAAUAUGAAUUAUUAAUAUCCAGCACAUGUUUUCAAGAAAAACUGUCUUUUUCUCGUUCUUGUGAUAUGAAAUUUCAAUCUUAUACGUAAACAUGUUUUUCUAAACGCGUCGCAUUUCCUACCUCGCGACUUAUUCAUUCCAAACUGUCAUCGAUGAUUUACGGACGAAUGUAAAUGUAAUUAUCGUAGACGCACGCGCACAGCGUUACGUGCUUAUUUUUGUAUAAAGGCUGCUGUAAAAUACGUAGCGGAUUUGUUUCUCGGACGAAGAGUCGAUUAUAUGAAUGUUACUUGUACAUAUUUUGUAUAUUUGUAUCGUAAUAUUUAAUGUAGCGAUUAUGUGUAUACAAUUAUAUGAGCGUCGCAGAAAAACGGCGAUCGGAUUGUGUAUAAAUUAAUUGCAAAUAUAUUUUACUUUUGGGUUUAUGC